AUGGGCUCAUGUUUUUCAACUAGUAAAUCUGUACUACCAUUAAUAACAUCAGUUAUUUCAUCACAAAUACCAUUGACAUCUCAAUAUGAUCAAGAUUCAUCUCUAUUAUUAAAUCCAUAUAUGAAUAAAAUUCAUGAAAUAAUUACACAAAAAGAAUUUGAUGAUUUAAUAAAUAAGAAACUCAAUGUUAAUGUAUUAAUUGUUUGUGAUUUUUAUGCUAAUUGGUGUCCACCAUGUUUACAAAUUGCACCUAUUUUAUAUCAAUGGGCAUUGAAUGAUUAUAAAACAUGUGUUAUUUUUCUGAAAAUUAAUAUUGAUAAUAAUAUUGAUUUAACAAACAAUUUUUCAAUAAAUAUUUUACCAACUUUUAUUUUAUUUAAACAAGGAAAAGAAAUUUAUCGUUUAAUAGGAGCAAAUUCAAGUAAUCUUAAAAGAGAAAUUGAUAAAUUUAAAUAA